UUUGAUUAGUGUAUAUUGUGCAUAAUAUAUUGUAUUUCUUUUGAAAAGCAAACAACAGCUUGAGGGUGAGAUACCGUUUUGAAGCUAUCUUCUGUGCGUCUCAGUACUACCGCUCGACUUCUUGGAGCUGGCAGCAAGUGGCUAUGGAAUUCCCAAUGAGCACUAUUGACCGAGCGCUGACGAGGGCGGGCUCAGACUAGAACUAGGACAACGGAAAAUACACGGAUUAUUCCGAAGUAUCUUUGUAAUUACCAGCUAUGGGAAAAUGAAUAUUAAUUGAAAUAAUGUUUUCCUCGAUUGGAUUUGGAUAUCAAUGGGUUUGGAUAUCAGUCGAAUUAUGGUGUCCUUUAUGACCGGACGAAAGGAAAAUACCGUUUAUACAUUUACCGUUGGAGUUGGGCAUUAUCAAACAUACCGUGCCACAUUUAGAAGAUGGACUUAAAAAAAGUCAACAUAGCCGCAAAACCUCCAAUAGGGAAGAGAAUGAAGUCCCGAGCCCCUCCUCCGCCCCCUGCUCCCGAGCCGGCCCCCAGGAGUUUCCUCCGUAACACAGUGCCAGGCGGGGGGGGCUCCCUGCAGGGCAGUAUGGGCAGCAUGGUGAUGGACUCCAGGGAAAACAUGAUCAAGACUAGCGUGGAACUGCAGAUCACUCUGCCCCAAGGCUACCAGACCAGCAGCACAGUGUCUGGCAGCAAAGCGCUCAUGGACCUGUUGGUGGACCUGUGCAGCCAGUACCACCUGAACCCGGCCUAUCACACGCUAGAGCUGCUGUCCAGCGAGGCCCUGCCCCUAGCCUUCAAGCCCAACACCCUGCUGGGGACCCUGGACGUUGCCGCGGUGAGCAUCAGAGAGAAGGUUUUGGAGGAGAAAGUGGUACGGAAACCACAGCCUAAAGUGCCAGAGAAAACCGUGCGUCUAGUGGUGAACUACAACAGGAGCCAGAAGGCACUGCUGAGAGUGAGUCCACUAGUGCCCCUGCAGAGCCUGGUCCCGGCCAUCUGUGAAAAGUGUGAGUUUGAUCCAGACCACGUCCUGCUGCUGAAGGACAAUGUCAGCAACCAUGAACUGGAGCUGGAUAAGUCUUUGAGCGAGCUGUGCAUCAGAGAGCUCUACGUGCAGGACCAGUCACUUGUUCUUCGACAUAAAAUGGCUUCUGCACCCGCUCUAAAUUACUCAGAAUCCAUCCAUCCCAACACAUCAGCUGUCAGUGAGGCUGACAAAAAAGGCCUACUGGGAUUCUUUAAGUUUAGCCGAAGAAAAUCAAAGACUGAAGAACAGUCAUCUAUGGACAUGGAUGCGCUUGAUGAUAAUGCUAUUCAAAAUAAUGCAAAGUUCUCCAAUGGACAGUCUACGGGGUCCAUGGUGCCCAGUGUGGAUUCACGGCCCAGCACCCUAGGCCAGUCUCAGUCUGUCAUGAACAUCUCCAGGAUGUCCCCCAGGAUGGAGCCUAAGAAGAAACGGGCCCCCCCACCCCCGACCCCCACACCUUGCCAGGACCACUACAUGGUGAAGGCCUGCCAUGUGGCUCCUGAUUCAGAAAUUACACUGAGGAAGAGGAAAGCCCCUGCACCCCCUCCUACCCCAGUUCCUAGCACCCCGAAACCUCCCAGUCCCUUCCAGUCUGCUCCCUCUCCAGUCCCCAGCUCUCCUAGCCCCAGCCUGCCUACUGAGGAGGAUUCUGGCUCUGAGAUGAGCCACAGUCUCGAGGAUUCAGAGCCCACCGGCUCUGUCUACAGUGGCAGCAGCAGCAGUAGUAUGGUCGCCGCUGACACGUCUGUCGCUGAUACUUCAAUGGUUGAUUCUGACUCUGCGUUCUGCAGGGCUUAUGCCUCUAAGCCUAGCCCAGACUCAGGCCCCAGAAGCAUUACCGGAAUGGCUAAAUCCUCCCGAGACUCCACCUCCUUCAAAGUUGACCCCACUCCCAGUAACAAGACAGAUAUGAAAACCCUUGCCCCUGACUCUGCCUGCAGCAACACGGUUUACUCUGUCCCUGGCAGUAGUGCUGUCAAGGCCACGCCCACUCCAGAAUCCUCCUGCAGCACCACACCAAAGGAGACCAGAGAGUCGUCUCUCAACCUGAAAGUAGACGAGACAGAGAACAACAGACACAGCGCCAUGGGUGCUGAACGUCUAGUGCCACCCAAACCUCCGCGAUCUCCAGUACGGGAGGCCCCCCAAUUAGUCACCCCCCCGCCAUACCAUCCGUCCUCCCCAGACUCCCACUCCCCUGAUCCCUCCCCAGAGAGCCACAUGGAGAAGGCUCCUCAAUCUUGGCUGUACUCUCAGCAACUCUCUGUGGAGGGACCCCAGACACCAGAAAUGGAGACGCUAGAGACUCUAUCAAUGGGCAGCAGUGGCAGCUUCCAGGACCAUGGCUAUGCAGCCUCUGAGGGAAUGGCUGAAGCGGAGGACUCUGGCUUGGUCAGUACUCCUUCCAUCACAACCCACCCUACCUUCCCAGAUGGCUCCUCUCACCCAAUGAUCCAUCCAUUCAUCAAGGACUCUUCCAGUGACACUGACGAGGGCUGUGCUUUGUGGGGUUCCAGUCACAGACCCAGCAUUUAUAUCAGCCACAAUAAUAAAGCAUGCAAAACAAAGGACACCUAUGAAGAGGACCAAGAGCUCACCAAUCAGCUCAACCAGACUCUGGCUGAUCUGGAGGCUGAUCUGGAGGCUGAUCUAACAGAUAUAUGUGUGGGUUCAGUGCAAAAGCACCCUUAUCUGCUGUCCACUAAAAGUGAUGACAUCCCAGUUUCUGUGGUGGACAUUGAGGUCCCAGUCACAGCCAUAGAUGAAGUCCUGGAGGACUACAGGACCCUCAGUAUGACAGAAUACCAAGCCACAAUAAUGAGUAGCUUUCAAUCAACAGACAAUAAAGACCACAACCACAGUCAUCAUCAGUCAAGUGUUGGUGACAUACAGAACAAAAACAACAAUGCCCGUAUAUCUGAUGGCUCUAGCAGAGUCUGCACUGGUCAACCACAGCCCAUGCAGCGCCUAAAAUCACCAGUGAAGAAGCUUGCCAAUGGCGCCAUGGACAAAGAAACAUCAACAGUUUCUAAGAAUGAAGCUAAAGUGGAAGUUCAGACACAGAGGGAGUCAACUGAAGGAGUUGAGAGAAAAACCUCAACUGCCCCCUACUCCUUUACUCUACCAAACAGCCAUUUGAAGUGUAUGGAGGAAGAGGAACAGGUUUCCAACUACAGUGGCCAAGCUGUUUUGAAGGCACAAACCAAAAUCACCCAUAACCCAGUCUCCCGAUUUGGUAUGAAGACAUUUACCAUCGUCCCUCCUAAGCCUGCUGUCGUCAGCCAGCAGCUGAAGCCGGCAGAGUCCGCCUUGGCUACCCAUACUCCAGGUGCCAUUAGAAUCGAUGAGCAGGGUAACAUGGUUAAAGUAGGCAUCACCCGGAACAAGUUUGGAGGUUCCUCUGAGUCAGGGAUCAACAAAGAUGGCUCAUUGUCACCACCCUUGGGGAAAGCCAAAGCCUUCUGGAGAUCCACAGACAAGCAGGACACUUCCGCACAUUCAAUUCCCACUACCAGAAGACCAGUAACUGUCACAAAAACCCAGAGGCCAGAGCCUGAUGUCCCCAAAACAACAACUCCGGUGGAAGCCUCUGAACCACGUGCAGCCAAGGUAAGACCUAAAGCCUCUACAACACUAGCCAAAAUGGCACCUGAGAUGUAUAAAGAUGUUAUUGAGAUGAAAAGUGAUGUCUCGCAAGAAGUGGAGAGGAAGGCCACAGUUCCAGUUUCAGAGCCACCUGUGCGGCAACAGUCUAUGAAACUCACCCCUGGUAUCCUCCAAGACCAAAAGAGAGACCUGUCCUUCCUCAAGCCAUCCAGGAGAACAUCCAGUCAGUAUGUAGCUUCUGCCAUUGCUAAAUACACAGUGAAGCCCACCAUGGCCAAAGCUAACAACAUUCAAGAAGUACCAGCAGAGUCUUCUGGAUUUGUGAGAAAGCCAACUAGCAGUUAUGGUUGUCCAAAAGAGGGUCGAUCAUUCAAUGUUAAUGCACCUUGGUCCUCUAGUACAUCAACAAAUGUAUCAAUGAAAAAGGAGAGCAGCUCUUUGUCUGGGUUCUAUCCCACCAGUCCUAAACAUACUACGAGUCAUCCUGACUACCAGGUAGUCUCAGAGUCGAAGCAAGGAAUGGACAAGAGUGGUUAUGGGAGCAGUACUACCCUGCGAGACAAAGAAGUAAGCUCAAAUUCGCUGGACUCUGAAAUUGUGGCAAAUAACACUAAGCAGGACAGGCCCAACAUUCCGAGACAGCAGACACAGAAGACACUUGCAGCAGCUCAAUUACCAACUAUACUGGUACCUGCUGUCACCAAACAUUCACUAGACGCACCACGUAUGGCUGCACAGAGCAGAACAGAGACAGUAGAUCCAGCUGGUCAUCCAUCCGUGGCAAAGAAGCUUGAACCACCCAACGUGUGUGUAACUUCUGCCAGCCACAACCUCUCAGAGCCACAGCAGGUCAGUGUUUUUGGACCAGUGAAGAAGUUCAAACCUGUGAUCAUGAAGUCAGUACACACGGAAACAUCGCUACACACCACUCUGAUGUCAGCCAUCCAGUCUGGGGACAGUAAAGAGAGGCUCAAAAAGAUGUCUGACUCAAGUGCAAGCAGUACUUUGAAGAAACUGUCCAUUGUUGAGGAAGAGAAUGAACGAUGUGCGCUACUGGCAGCCAUUAGAGGCCAAAGUAACUCUGCAAGGCUGAAGAAGACCAAAUCCCAGGCUGCAGAGGAGGUUGACAAAUUCAGGAAGACUGAGUUGGGCAAGAAUAGAACUCUGUAUGUUGCCUCCCCUGCUAUGUGUCCACCACCAUCAUUUUUGCCUCCACCCCCUCCAAUUGCCUCUAUGCUCCCACCUCCUCCUGCCCCUCACUCCACCCUUGGGGCAGGGGGGGACUCUGUUCUGGCCCGGGAUGCAAUGCUGGAGGCCAUCCGCUCUGGCUCUGCAGCUGAGAGACUCAAGAAGGUCACUGCCCCGAUGACAACAGUUCAAGUGAACAGUAGACUUGGCACUAUAAAAGCAGUGUCGUCUCUCUCACAAGGCCAAUAAAGAAUCUAUCAGAAUGAUUUCAGAAUGGCUUAAAUACCAUCAGUUUGGAAAUGUUGUGGCCAAGUAAUAUGUGCUAUCUUUCAGGCUAAUUCAUCACUGUCCUUAUUUUUCUUUUUUAUGUACUUGAAUCAUUGCUAUAACUGGAUAGAGGAAUCGCUGUACAAAAGCAUGUGCCAAUAUUUUGUUGUUUUUAUAGAAAACAGAAGAAUUAGCUGUUCAUGCUAAUAAUAAUAAUAAUAGUAAUAAUUUUAGUAGAGGAUUUUUGUUAUUUUAUUAAUUUUCAUAUUUUACUUUUGAACGGUAGUCCACAGGAAAUUGAUGUCUCACGUUGUCUUAAUGUCAUGUGUUAUAUUUGAUUAUUAAC